UUUAUUUAUUUUAUUUAAAUAAAUCUAUGUGUUCUAUCGUUUGAUUCAUUAUUCACUUUUGAAAAUAAAUAAUUUAAUUUCUUUGAGUUAUUUUUUGCCACUAAUAAAGCUGUUUCGUCCUCUUCCUCCACAUUGAAGCUGGCUUCCUUGUCCAACAAGCGGGCUGUCAAAUUGAUUAUUGUUUGUUGCUUCGGGUCGAGUGAUAUCCAAGCCUGACGAAGAGAUCUAUAUUUUGGGGGCAAUGUACUUAAUACUUUUGUUAUAAUAGCUCUCUCACUGAUGUCCUCUCUAUUCUCUUUUAAUUGUUUGGCCAUGCUGAUUCACAAUUUUCGAUAAGUGCAACUUGUUUAAAAUCCAUAUACAUCGCCAUUCCAUCAUCUUUAUUCCACUGAGUUGCGUUCGUCGCCGGUUUUGGCAUAUUAGUAUCUAACCCUUUAGCACGUAACGCACAUUUUAUUUGGAAUUUCCACUGCUUGAAAUUGGUUCCAUCAAACUUUUCUAGUUGAAUACCUUUGACUUCCAUUUUGAGGUUAUUUCAAACGUGUUUCAAAAAUUGCAACACAACUUAAAUGAUUUGCUCUUUCUUUUCUCACAGACGUUGUCUGGGCCCAUAACCUAUUAAGUUAUGGGUUUUAAUGAUAACAGCGAUUAUUUAGCACAAACUUAUCUUUAUUGAUUCUAGAAGCACAUUGCCUUUACACACCGCGUACAAGAAGAAAAAAAAACACAGACAAAGUACAGUGUUGCCACAAUAGUGGCAUAAGUAAAAUUCAAGUUAAAUUUUCUAAUAUAAAUCUAAUAUAUGACUUACUUUGGAAGAUAACAAUGUUUUCUUUUCCAGAACCGUCUACUUCCAAAGAAUAUAACACGGGAGAUAAAAGGGAGUCUGAUCCAAGUGAGCGCAGUAAAAGAAAUCAAGGGUCUGAUAUUUCUAUGCCAGGACAGGCUUUGUUGGUCACACCUCGGAAACGCAAACUUUUGAAGCGUUUACAACAAUACAAAAUUAAAAAUUCGAGUUUAAAGAAAAAACUUGAAGAAAUCAAAAAUAUUGAAUCGCCUGUUUUAAAAAGAUUGGUUGAAUCUGGUUUCAAAAAUCAAAAACUUAAAGCACAUGGGAAAAGGUGGACAAAAUUGAAUAAGAGAAUGGCUUUGGCAAUAUACAAAAAGUCGCCAAAAGCAUAGAGAUAUCUGAGCCAGCUCUUGCCUCUGCCUAGUAUUCGUACAUUGCAAAUUGUUUUAGAAAAUAUGAAGCUGGAGCCAGGAAUCGACCCACAGGAAUUGGAUUUGAAAAAAAAAGAAGAAUUAUCUGAUAAAGAACGAACUUGUUGUCUGUUAUUCGACGAAAUGUCUCUAAAAAUACGGCUCAUUUACAAUCCCUCAACAGAUCAAAUAAGUAGACUUAUUUAUUUUGGAAUAUUUAUGUAACACAUAAUUUUUUAUUACCCGUUAUUAGUAAAAAUAUAAACGCUAAAUUAAUAAUAAUAUAAACGGGAAAUGUUGUUAAUCUGUGUUAUGUGUAUUGUAUUUUUUUGUGGUAUAAAAACUUCUGUUUUUUUUGUAUUUCUGUGUUAUACUGUAUAACACAGAAAUACAAUUGAUUAAAUCUUUACCAGAGAAGGCAAUCACAUCGCAAAUCUCUUUAGCGAAACAAAAAGCCACUAAUGUCAUUAGGAAUGGUUUGCGCCCAUUUUUUAAUAAUAAACUUAUUGAUGAAUUGAAACAUCAUUUGUUUUCCGUUUAUAUUGACGAAACAACUGAUGUUAGCGUCACAAAGCAACUAGCGAUACUAGUAUUUUGUAACAAAAGUAGAUGUGAUCGACGUAGUAGAUUGCCCUGACGGGACCGCUGUGGAUUUGUACACACAAAUGAUUAACACGCUUAAAGAAAAUAAUGUGCCUCUGCAAAACUGGAUAGGCUUUUGUUCUGAUACAACUGCAGUCAUGAUGGGACAGCAUCACUCUGUGUCUCAACUAAUAAAACAAAAUUAUCCUCAAAUAUUCGUGUCAAAAUGCUCUUGCCAUAUGAUACAUCUGGUGGCAAGUAAGGCAUGCACUAAGUUAAACAACUCUUUAGAGGAUUUGUGCCGCAAUGUAUACAAUCAUUUUGGGAGGAGUCCUAAAAACUGUGCUGCUUUCAAAGAAUUUCAAAGCUUCCAUGAAGUCAAACCUCACAAAAUUUUGAGAGCUUGUCAAACCAGGUGGUUGUCGCUUCAAGCAUGCGUGCGAAGAAUUUUAGAACAGUGGGUUCCAUUGAAGAGUUACUGGAGAAUAUACGAAGAUCCAACACAUGCAAACUGCCACACUCUUCAAACCUUGGAGAACCCUUUGAUAAAGAGCCAAAUGCAUUUUGUAGACUACGCUCUUGGAAUGUUUAAUGAUUUUAAUUGCAUGUUUCAAGCUGACUAUCCUAAGUUCUCAGAAUUGAAGACUCAAACUGAGGAAUUAAUCAAAACAUUGGCAUUAAAUUUCAUGAAUAGAAAUUAUGUUAAACAAACCCCUGCUAACCAAAUCAAUCCUUAUCAGUCAGAAGAACAUCUUGAAUUAAAACGUAUUUAUUUAGGUGUGGAUGCGACCUGUUUAUUAACAGAGAUCGACAAGAAAGAAGAGAGUGAAGUUCAGAAAAUUUUUCAAUCAGCAAAAUUGUUUUAUAUUGAAGCGAUCGUACAAAUCAAGAAACGAUUUAUAUUUGAAGAUGUGCACAAUGAUUCGUCUUUUUUAAACCCGAAAAAUGCCAUUGAUUUGCAUCCUACAUACAUCCUAAAUUACAUUCCAUCGCACAUUGCUAUAGAUCUAACAGAGCUGGACAAGGAAUGGAGAAAUCAAAGUCUCCUUGCCGAUAUGGACUGUAAUGAUUCCAUCGAUACGGUAAGCUAUUGGAAAAAAAAUGUUUGAAAAAAAAAAUGUUGACAGCAGAUGCAAAUUCCUUCAUUUGCCAAUUUUGGUGAACUAUUUUAUGUCACUGCCUUUUUCCAAUGCUGCUGUUGAACGAUUAUUUAGUGAUCUAAAAAAUAUCAAAACAGAUAAACGCAAUAUGCUCGAUAAUGAAACGGUUGCAUCAAUCCUUUGUGUAAAAUCUGGCUUUAAAAGAACGGGAACAACUUCUGUACAACUAAUGAAAAAUCAGUUGGAAAUACCACAACUCAAGUUUGUGCAGUCAAAUGCAACGGCAAGCCAAUCGAAAAACAUUAGACUUAGCAUGAAUAAAGUAUAACAAAAC